UUGGCCAGUGACGCACAGGCUAGCCAGCAGUGUUUGUGAAUGGCCUUCCCUGACCAAGAUGUGAUGUUAUGAUUUGUAAUGUAAUGUUUUAUCAGCUCCUCAAAUGAUUUAAUCACCGUUUUAUGUAACAUAUUCGACUGACUUGAAUCGGGGAAAUGAUGUCGUCCGCUGAAGGUGCUCGCAAUUCGGACCAGCUGAAUAAAUUCGAGAGACUGUCAGGGAGGCCUCCCCUAGGACUAGCAGCAGGCCAUCGCACACCUCCUGCGCGGAGUGGCCAUCGCUGUGUGGCAGACAACACUAACCUGUACGUGUUCGGAGGCUACAACCCUAACUACGACGAGUCGGGGGGCUCGGAGAACGAGGACUACCCGCUGUUCAGAGAGCUGUGGAGGUACCACUUUGCCACAGGCACUUGGCAGCAGGUGCGCACAGAAGGCUACAUGCCCACGGAGCUGGCCUCCAUGUCAGCUGUUUUACAUGGAAACAAUUUGUUGGUGUUUGGAGGUACGGGGAUUCCUUUCGGGGAAAGCAACGGGAACGACGUCCAUGUGUGCAACGUUAAAUAUAAACGGUGGUCGCUGCUCAACUGUAGAGGGAAGAAGCCUAACAGAAUCUAUGGACAGGCAAUGGCCAUCAUAAACGGCUUCCUGUAUGUGUUUGGAGGGACGACAGGCUACAUCUACAGCACAGACCUGCACAGGCUGGAUCUGACCACCCGAGAGUGGAUUCACCUCAAACCUAACAACCCCUCGCACGACCUGCCUGAAGAGAGGUACAGGCACGAGAUCGCGCAUGACGGACAGAGGAUCUACAUCUUGGGAGGUGGAACCUCCUGGAUGUCCUACCCUCUCAACAAGAUACAUGCUUACAACCUGGAGACUAAUUCCUGGGAGGAGAUCAGAACUAACCCUCAUGAUAAAAUAGGAUAUCCUGCUCCUAGGAGAUGUCAUAGCUGUGUGCAGAUUAGGAAUGACGUAUUUAUCUGCGGGGGUUACAAUGGAGAGGUGAUCCUGGCCGACCUUUGGAAGAUCAACCUACAGACGUUCCAGUGGAGCAGACUUCCAGCGAUCAUGCCCGAGCCGGCCUACUUCCACUGUGCUGCUGUCACCCCGGCUGGCUGUAUGUACAUCCACGGCGGUGUGGUCAACAUCCGCGAGAACAAGAGGACUGGUUCCCUGUUUAAGAUCUGGCUGGCUGUUCCUAGCUUACUGGAACUGUGCUGGGAGAACCUGCUGAAAGCCUUCCCUCAUCUGCCCCAGCUGCCUGUCCAGGAGCUGGGGGACCUGGGAAUCACACAGGAACUCAUCGAGCGCUUGAAAUAGGACGAAUGCGAGGACGGAGGGAUUGACUAAUGUGUGGAUGGAUGGAUGGAAUAGAGGGUAGAAUACCCCCCGAUGACGGAAAGCACAGGAUUUUGUUUGAGAUGUUUGUGUUCGUCGCAACAGAGGUCUUUCCCCUCCUUAUACGUAGCCCGCCUUAAAACCAAAAACAAUGGGAUGCCUUUUUACGUUUCUUUUUUUUGUUACAUUUGCACUUCUGAUGAUUUGAAGAAAAAAAAGAAAAAAACACGAACGAACGAAAAGUGGAAUGUUUGUCUUAACUCCAGCUCUUUGUCAGCGGACUUCCCCUGGUGGUCAGCUGGUUUAGAAGCUCUUGUUCUGUUGUUUUAUCAGCCUUCGCCACUUGAACAAGAAUGCAGAUUCGAAGGAGAGACGCAUGUUUAUUUAUUUGAAAGACUAAAAGAAAAUCUUUGUGUUUUCAUCAAACGACAAUGUUUGCAUUUCUCCGGCAUACAUGUUUGGAUAGGUAAACACGGUCACUAGAUUAAAUGAAAUGCUAUCAGACAUUUGGCAUGGUUUUAUGAAUGUGAAAAAAGAAGCCGUUUGUGGUGACACUAAACUCAUGUCAGGUCUAGACUGUUGGCACUUCUUACUUACCAACUUUAAAGAGAAAAAAAAAACAUUGGUUUAAACCAAACUCUUGAUUUGAUGCAAAAAGAAGACUACAGUUGGGUUUAAUCUCUAGACAACACUUCAGUUUCAACCUAACCCUUGCAUUGCACUCUAUAUUACUUGUACCUGCAGAUGCAUUCACCAACCUUCUAGACUCGAGAAUCAGGGAGGUUUUUUAACCUUCCGCUCACGACUCAUUCAAAACCGGUCCCGUUAUUUUAUCCUGUGUGCUUAACAGUAGUCAUCUGUUCCUACAUCUGUAAACCAAAUCAUUCAUCACUGUGAAUCAAGGUGCUCCUCAACCUAUCGCUUUUAUUUCAUUUGUAUUUGUACCUUUCGUUUAGUUCUGUGCUUUUACUCAAAUAAAAUCGAUUAUAAUUCUGUUCAAACUUUUGAUUCUCUGCUGACAAUGAGAAAAUAGUAAGAAUUUGUCAAAUUAAAUAUUUGGGGGUGGGGCAGUAAUUCAGUAAAAUGUUCAUUUAAAUCAUUCAGUGCCUUUCCCAAAGUUUUAUUGAUGCUGAGAUGCAGAAAAUCUAUUGUGAUAGUUUGAUGUCUUUGCAUGUGUAAAUGCCAUCACUGAUAAAGUUGAGACAAGGAUUUCACUAUUUUCUUAACUGUUUUCCUUAACAUUUGAGCUUCUCAAAAACAUGUUACUUGUCCAAUCCUGUAACCUUUCAUUCUCGUAAGUGUGCACUUAUAAUUCAA